AUGUUUCGAAUUCUUGAAUCGCAAGCUCCGGCCAAACAAACGGCUACGGACACAAUCGAGGUGCUCAGCAACAGACUGCAGAGUGCAACUUUGUUGGAGGAUCGGCGGGCUGCUAUCCAAGGUCUGAGAAGCUUUGCGAAGCUCUAUCCUGCGUCGGUAGCCUCUGGAGGCCUACGGUCGUUGAUCAGUAGUCUUCGCAAUGACGGCGAGGAUGUUGAGACCACCAAAGUGGUCCUUGAGACCCUGCUGAUGCUCUUUAAUCCUGAUGAGAAUAGCCCCGAAGCAUCAGAUGAAAUAGCUCUUUGGCUGGCGGACGAAUUCACCCAGCGACAGGACAAUAUUACGAUCCUUCUAGACCUUCUCGAAACCAAAGACUUCUAUUCUCGACUAUAUUCAUUGCAAUUAAUGUCCCAUAUCAGCAGCGCCAGACCCGAGCGAACCCAAGAAUGCAUAUUUACGGCGCCAUUGGGAAUUUCCCGGCUUGUCAAUGUACUUACAGACACGAGAGAGCCUGUCAGAAACGAGGCCCUCCUCCUCCUUAUCGCCCUCACCCCCGCCUCGGAAGAACUACAAAAGCUGGUGGCAUUCGAAAAUGCAUUCGAAAUCCUUUUUUCGUUGAUCGAAGCGGAGGGUACUUUGACCCAUGGAACAGAAGUGGUUGAGGAUUGUUUAUCCUUGCUCGCUCAUCUACUGAGAUUCAACGUUUCGAACCAAUCAUUCUUCCGUGAGACUGGCUGUGUGAAGAAGUUAACGAAGCUUCUUUCCGAUUGCGAACAAGAAAUGGAGAGUGGCGACGAACCUGCGCCAGCAUGGGCCCUCGUUCAUCGAGACAAAAAUGUUUGGGGACUAUUGGCGAUCAUUCAGCUAUUUCUGGUUCGUGGCGGUGUUGGGACACCCGCCAAUCAAACAGCUUUCUGGCAGCAUGGUGUUACGGAGCAGGUCCUCAGUAUAGCGUUUGGGCAGAAGUUCAGCGUCAAUGUUACAUCAAAGGCCCUCUCGACUUGUGCCGAUCUCAUUCGAGGGAACUCACCUUUGCAGGAGAGGUUCGGGGACAUUGAGGUGUCAUGGGGAUCUCGCUCGCGGGACGACAAAGCCGCCAACGGACAUGCGGAGCCAGAACGUAUCAAUGUCAUUGAGGCUUUCCUGAAGCUCAGUCUUCAGCCCUCGCCCAACAGCAUGUUAGAUGCCCGCCUCGCAGCGUGCGAAUGUAUGAAGGCUUUCUUUGCUCAUCACCCCGGAAUUCGGAUGCAUGUCCUCAGGCGUGCAAUUGAAGGACACGAAAGCGGACAGGAUCGAAUUCCAAACAUCCUUUCGGUAUUGCUCAUAGCACCCGAAUCACGAGGAAAUGCCGACCCGUACCAAGUCUGGAUGGCUUCUGUUUUGAUGUUCCAUUUGCUGUUCGAUGACAACGAGGCAAAGGCCACUGCCAUGAAAGUGACCGAGGGCGAUGCUGAGAGUGGCGAAGAAGUUGUCACCAGUGUUCAAACUGUGAUUGGGAACUUGAUUACAGGUUUGCAACGUGGCGACGAUGAACGCAUCACUGUUGGCUAUCUGAUGUUACUCUGCGGUUGGCUUUUCGAAGACCCAGAUGUUGUGAAUGAUCUGCUUGUGGAAGGAAGCAGCAUCCAGACCCUUUUGCAAGAGAUAAAGCACCAGAGAGCUCCCAGUAAGAUAAUGCCGGGACUCUGUACUGUUCUCUUGGGAAUCAUCUAUGAAUUCUCAACCAAAGAUUCUCCCAUCCCCAGAGUCACAUUGCAUAAACUGCUUCUCGAGCAACUUGGGAGAGAGCAAUAUAUUGACAAAAUCACUAAACUGCGGGAAUGUCCUUUGGUUCGUGACUUUGAAGUUUUACCCCAGACCUCCGCUGGGCAAGUCGAAGGUGGGCUCCCUGAGGUCUUCUUUGAUCGUUCUUUUGUGGAAUUCCUCAAGGACAACUUCAGCCGGUUACUCCGGGCCAUCGACCGUGAACCCGGAUUCGAAAUCUCGGUCGUUGCCAACGGUGUUGAAAAAGGUGUAUCCCGUGAACUCGUCGACAGUCUGCGUGCGGAACUGGAAGACCGGAGCCAAACAGUCCAGCAGUUGGAGUCGGACCUCGUUAAUGUUCAGCGGAAGCUUGAGCAGGAGCAAUCGGAUCAUCGCAAGUCGAAGGAAUCAGGGUCUAUGGAGGCGUCCAAGUCCCAGCAAUCCCAACAGUCUCUUCGAUACGCGCAUGCGCAAGAGCUAUCUAGAGUGGAUGAACAGCACAAACAAUCGAAGAACGAACUUCUCAAGCAGCAUAGCGAACAAUUACGUGCUAUCGACAACCAGCUAAAAGAAGCUUCAGCGGAGUACGAAAGAAAGAGCGCGAAGGUGAAAUCGCACCACGAACAAGAAGUUGCUGGUUUACAGAAGACGAUCCGUGGCUUGGAAGGAGAGAUCUCAAAGCUUGGCGAUAAAUAUGCAGGCGAGGUCGCGCAGUUGAAGAGAGCUAUCGGCGAACGGGAAUCGGCGAUCACUCAAUCCAAAGACAGCCAUGCUGCUCAAAUUUCCGAUCUACACCAAAAGCUCCAGGGUUUAGAAGCCACUCUUUCAUCGGCCAACAGUCAACAUCAGACCGAGACUGGCGGCCUUCGAGCUUCGAUUAAGAUAUUGGAGUCACAACUGGCCACCGUCAAGUCCGAACACGAAGCCGAGACUGCUGACCUUAAAAAGGCUCGACAGACCCUGCAGUCUGAUCUUGACAGGGUCCAAAAGUCCACCGAGAGCCUCGAAGCUGCCCAGGGGCAGCAUGAUGCAGAGACUGCUGAUCUCAAAAAGACCAUCGAAAAGCUGCGGUCAGACUUGGAAAAGUCCCAGGGUACCACAAAGGACCUUGAAGCGGCAAAGGGCAAGCAGGAAUUUGACGCAGCUGGGCUUCAGAAGAAGAUCAAAUCUUUAGAAUCAGAGCUCGACAAAGAAAAGAAAAACGCUGCUCAAUCAGUUAAGACCGCCAAGGGACAACAGGAUUCCGAAACUGCUGAGCUCAAGGAGACGAUAAAAUCUUUAGAAUCGGAUCUCGACAAAGAGAAGAAAAACGCCGCCCAGUCACUCGAAACCGCCAAGGCACAACAGGAAUCUGAAACUGCUGAGCUCAAGAAGACCAUCGAAACCUUGCGAUCAGAACUAGACAGCGCUAAGCAAAAAUCUAAUAAGGAUAGCCAGUCUGCAAAGGACCAGCAAAAAUUCGAAGCGGGAGAUCUUAAGAAGACCAUUGAGACUUUGCGUGCAGAUCUCGAGAAGGCACAGCAAAAAGCGGCCCAAGAACUCAAGACUGCCAACGGAGAAUUCUCAUCGAAAUUGUCUGCGCUCGAGACACGUACUGCUGACGCUGAACGCAAGGCGCAGGAGGUUGAGUCACAAGCUCAAAAGGCCACCCAGGACCUGAAAGAUGCGCAGGCCAAGCUUGAACAAGCUCAGUCCGAGGCCAAGGAGAAGGAGGAGGCCCGUCAAGCUACCCAGACGGAAUUGGACGACCUGCUGAUUGUAUUUGGCGAUCUGGAGGCUAAGCGGACCGAAGAUAAGCAACGACUCAAGGACCUUGGCCAAGACAUUUCAGAGGACGAGGAUGAUGAUGAAGACGACGAUGACGAGGAGAGUGGAGACGAGUAG